GAAGUUUUAAUCCAAUAUAUCUAGAGAAGGUCAUGUUGGGGAAGCUGCUUUUGGAGAUGGGAUUGCAAACUACAAGAAAUCUCCAGUGCAUCCGACACAAACUUGAUCUUUGCCGUUACCUGAUUGUAAUGCAAGCAUUAAAAGGCAGGGAAAGUGGGGAAAAAGAAGAAGAAAUGUAGCAGCACCUUUAAGAUGAACUGUUCUUAUAUUUUUGCAUGAGCUUUUGUGGAUAUAAACUCGCUUCUUUGGAUGCCGUACUGAGUGGUAUUAAGGCCUCAGCAUCUUCCCAGCUGUCAUUGCUAUAGAAGGAGGAGAAGUUCUGCUGCAAAGACCUACAUAAGAGAAUUCUGGCAAUUUUUGGUUGCUGAGAUUGCAAUGUCAGAGGGGCCCUCCAGGAUCACAGGACCAAUUCCCCCAGACCCCACUCUGUGUCCGGAUUACUAUAUGCGCCCUCUGUCAGCCAGAGGGAGGCUGGAAGGGAACUCUCUGAAGCUAGACCUGCUCCCUGGCCCCAUUCCUCCAGAGUACAGCCUUUACCCUACGUGUCACAGUGCUCGUCUCUUCCACCCUCCUCCACGAAUUAAACCCAAUGCCAAGGAAAUUCUGGAGAUAGGCCAGAAGGGCACGGUGGGUGCUUUGCUGCAUCUGGAUGGAGUCUCCUUCUGUCAGGAGUGGACACGAAGAUGCAGAGAUCACAAGGACUAUGAGAAGGAGAAUCUGAAGCGCAUGAGGGAGAUUCAGAGGAAGUGUCGAGAGAAGGAGCAGGCUAGGGAGCUCAACCAGCCCAAGCCUGUGAAAGCCCUCUGGAAGUCCCAGAAGUAUGAGAAUGUGGAGUCCAAAGUGAAGGCCCGGUUGCAGGAGGGUCCUAUUCAUCCAAAUCCAGAAGCACAAAAGUAUCUGAGAGCGUAUUCUCGCUGUGGCACAGGAUUUCACCCACGUAGGUCAAUGUCGCCAAACCGUACCCAGUCAAGGGCAACAGUUGAUACAGCAGCUGCACCAGAAGCACAAAACAACAGUACCAAGGUCCAGGAAAGCAGCAAAGAGGUGGACUUUGUCAGCCACAAUGCCCAGAAUGCUAAACGAGCUCAGAUGCGGCGUUCACGCUCUUUACAGUCGCUGACUGAAUUGCUGGAGCAGAAGCGUAAGGAGCAGGAAGAAUACAAUAUCAAGCAGAAGGGCCAUGUCCCACGCUACCUGAUUGAGAGGAAAGAGCACUGGCGCAAGGAGGCAGAAGAGCGCCAGCGCAACAUGCCUGACCCAGCUAUGCCUCCAGGCCAUGCCAUGAUGCCAGAGAACCAGCGGCUGGAAACACUCAACAACCUGAAACAGAGCCAAAAGCAGCUCCUGAAAGACCUUUUGCUGCUUCCAGUGCGAGUUGACACUCUGAGCGUCCAAAACCGACGUCUUGCUCUGGAGAAGAAGCUGUCACAGAUUGAGGAGGCACUCAAGAUAUUCUCCCGGUCCAAAGUCUUCAUUAAGCUGGAUUCUUAGUUGGAAGCAGACGGUGCUCCCUUUCCCAUUCUCUUUUUCUGGACUGUAAGGAAGAACAACAACAAAAGAUGGCCAGCUACAUUGGGGAACCCUCCACCCUAUCUAUAUAUGGGGUGGGCAAAGUUAAGGAUGACAGGAGCUGUAGCAAAACGAUAUCUGAAAAGCCACAGAUUCCACAUCCGUGGCCCCAUAGCUGUCUGCUUCGUACUUUACAAGCAAAUGGGCUAGAUUUUAAAAAACUUGCAGGGGAGUGAUAUGGAGAAGGGGGAGAGAAGAUGUCCAUGUUCCUAGGAGUGUGACUUGUAAAACCCUGGUAGCCACAGGUUGAAUGCUUGACAGUGGCAGUUUCAAUGAGUGCUAAGACAAAUCAGAGCCAGUACCAGAGGAAGCGAUCACCUGCAUCAUAGGAACUCUUAAUCUUUCUGUGAGGUAGUGCAGGAAAAGCCACAGACAUCUGAUUGACAAACAGCUGAAACUUAGAGGAGUGUGUGCAAUUAUAACAUAAGUGAAUGGAUGGUUUUAAAGCAGAUUUUUUUUAAUAAACAUUUGUCACAGGACAGAAGCCGAAACCCUAUGCACUUUCACAAGCAUUUGUGUAGUGUAAAUUUUAAUAGAUGCUUAGUGCAUGUAACAAUUAUAUUUAGUUUGGUUGGUAACUGCUACGUGUGUUAACACAAAUGACAUGUCUUGCAUUGAUACAGUUCAUUGAUACAGCGUAUGCUUGGCCUGCAGGGGAAUGGCAUGCAGUCCAUGGCACCCCAUAGUGCUGCUGGGUAGUUUCACUUUGGAGUUAAAUCUUAUGUGUAAUUCUUCAGACAAUUAUAUGGUAAAGCCCUUUGGUUCAUUCUGCUGCAUGUGGCCUCCCAAGUAUGCACCCCAAAAUAUUACCUUAAAGGUAAUCAGGUGGGGAAAAGAUGUUGCUCAAGAUCUAAGAAGGGGCCACUGCCUGGCAAGAGUGAAGAAUGCAGAUGGACAAAGACUCUUAAUAUGUGCAGUUUCCCACAUUACAUCUCAAAAUAUGCACAUUUUCUUCCUUGGUGAAAACUAAUGUCCAGUCUUUCCUUAAGGAAAUGACUUAUCCAACACUAAAAACUGGUGGGGGGGACAGAAAAAAUGUUGACAUUUGUACCUGGAUAAUGUGAGAUGGUGUCAUGUCAAGACAUUGAUGCAUGAACUGUGUUAAGUGUGGGCUUAUCAGAUUUGUCCAAGCUGCAUUUCUCUACCACCAUCAGAUGGAGGAGUGGCAGGGCUUAUGUAUUUCUUUGCCUUGGCUUUUCUUUUCAUCCGACAGUGCUGAGAGAGAACGAUAAGCUCCACUCCCUUCUCAUUUUGCACAGGGCAGUUAAUCUAAAUAUCAUUGAGCUGAUUUACAAAAUCAUUCUUCAUCUACCGCAAAAGCAGGAGAACUCCUGCAUGCAAAAUGUGUGGUUUCUUCUUUUUGCUGAAACGUCAAAACCAACAAAAUACCCAAAUGCAAAAGGAAUGCAGAGAAGAAAAUUGCUUAACGUAGGUUUUUUUCUUUCUUUCAGUACUAUAACUUACUAUGUGGUUCACAUUCCUCCUACACAUGAGCUUUCCUAGACUUGAGUCUACUUCCUCAGAUGUAUAUAGUGGAGUGAAAACCAGGGACACACACACACAUAUGCCAUUGGUAUGUGAGAAUGUCAAUUCAAAUUCAAAA